CCUGGAGCCACGGAUCUCGAGGCUGUUCGCCGGGAGCGAGAUGUAUCGACUGGGGCGCAGUCCUGCUGCUGCAGAUGCUGGCAGUGCUGCUGACCGUAGACCUGGUGCGGGCGAAGCGUGAGAUUCCCGUUGGUGCCAUCUUCCACGGGGACAACUAUGAGGCGGAGAUAGCGUUCCGGUACGCGGUGGAGCGCGUCAACAUGCACGAGAAGCAUUUCGAGCUGGUGCCGCUGGUGAAGUACGUAUCGCCGGAGGACAGCUUCAAGACGGAGCGCAAGGUUUGCGAGCUGGCGUCCGAGGGUGUGACGGCCAUCUUCGGGCCCAGCUCGAUCCUAACGUCCGGUAUUGUCGGCUCGGUGUGCAAAACACUCGAGAUACCGCACAUCGUGACGCACUGGGACCCGGAACCGCUCGGGGGCCUCGAUCCGGCCCUGCAGGCGAUGACGAUCAACCUGUACCCGGACGCGGACGUAUUCUCCCGUGCGCUCGCCGAUCUAAUCGUCGACUACAGCUGGAAGAGCUUCACCAUCAUCUACGACACGGACGAGGGCCUGAUGCGGCUGAAGGACAUCCUGCAGAUACACGGACCCGGCGAUACGCCGAUCACGGUGCGCCAGAUCGACGACGACCCGGACUACCGGCCGCUGCUGAAGGACAUCCAGUCGUCGGGCGAAUCACACAUCAUCCUGGAGAUUCGCCCGGAUCGGAUCGUCGAGUUGCUGCGGCAGGCGAAGGAAGUGAAGAUGCUGGAAGAGUACCAGAGCUACAUCAUCACGUCGCUCGACGCGCACACGAUGGACUUUGAGGAGCUGCGCUACUCGCGCUCCAACAUCACCGCGCUACGUCUGAUGGACACCAAGAGCUUCGACAUCAAGAACGCGGUGCACGACUGGGAGCAGGGUGAGGCGCGCAUGAAACGGUUGUUCCGGGUGUCGCCCGAGCACGUCCAGACGGAGUCGGCACUGUACAACGACGCGGUCAAGAUCUACGCCACCGCCAUCCGGGAGCUGGACGCGACGGAGGAGAUCACGCCGUCGCGGCUGUCCUGCGGCAACAAGAACCUGCGUCAGUGGCCGUUCGGACUGCGCAUUGUCAACUACAUGAAGGUGAAAACGGAGCACGGCAUCACCGGGCCGAUCAUUUUCGACGACUUCGGACGGCGCACCCACUUUCACCUCGAAAUCAUUGAGCUGAGCAAGGACGAGACGUUCAAAAAGAUUGCCACCUGGGACCCGACGCACGGCGUCAACUAUACGCGCAGCCAGGGCGAGGUGUACUCGCAGAUUGUCGAGUCGCUGCAGAACAAAACGUUCGUCGUCGCGUCCCGGAUCGGCGCACCGUUCCUGAUGAUGAAGGAAAAGAAGGAUGGCGAGUUCCUGGAGGGCAACAACCGGUUCGAGGGCUACUCGCUGGAGCUGAUCGAUGGAAUCUCCAAGAUCCUGGGCUUCCAGUACCGGAUGGAGCUGGUCCCGGACGGCAAGUACGGUUCGUACAACAAGCUGACGAAGAAGUGGGACGGACUUGUGAAGCACUUGCUGGAUCGGAAAGCGGACCUGGCGGUGUGCGAUCUGACGAUUACAUACGAGCGCCGGACGGCGGUUGACUUCACGAUGCCCUUCAUGACGCUGGGCAUCAGCAUUCUGUUCGCCCAGCCCAUCCAGCAACCGAAGGACCUGUUUUCCUUCCUCUCGCCACUGUCGCUUGACGUGUGGAUCUAUAUGGCGACCGCGUAUCUGGGCGUCUCGGUGCUACUGUUCGUACUGUCCCGGAUGGCGCCGGCCGACUGGGAGAACCCGCACCCGUGCAAACAGGACAACGACGAGGUGGAGAACAUCUGGGACAUGCUGAACGCGCUCUGGUUGACGAUGGGCUCGAUCAUGGGCCAGGGCUGCGACAUCCUGCCGAAGGCCGUCUCGACCCGGCUCGUCGCCGGCAUGUGGUGGUUCUUCGCGCUCAUCAUGCUGUCGUCCUACACGGCCAACCUGGCGGCGUUUCUGACGAUGGAGCGGAUGGACGCGACGAUCGAGUCGGCCGAGGAUCUGGCCAAGCAGAGCAAGAUCAAGUACGGAGCCGUGGUCGGCGGCAGCACCAUGUCCUUCUUCCAGAUGUCCAACUUCUCCACCUACCAGCGCAUGUGGGCCGCCAUGGAGUCGGCCCGGCCGUCCGUGUUCACCAAGAGCAACGACGAGGGCCGAGACCGCGUCAUCAAGGGCAAGCGGCUGUACGCGUUCCUGAUGGAGUCCACGUCGCUCGAGUACAUGACCGAGCGGUACUGCGAGCUGACACAGAUCGGUGGCCUGCUCGACUCGAAGGGUUACGGCAUCGCGAUGCCUGUCAAUUCUCCGUACCGGACGGCGAUCAGUGGCGCGGUGUUGAAGAUGCAAGAGGAAGGCAAGCUGUACCAGCUGAAGACGCGCUGGUGGAAGGAGAUGCACGGUGGCGGCCGGUGCGACGGCAAAGCAUCGAGCGCCGGGUCGGACAGCGCGGCCGAGCUCGGCAUCGACAACGUGGGCGGCGUGUUUGUGGUGCUGGCGUUCGGGUGCGCCUGUGCCUUCAUCAUCGGCUUCCUCGAGUUCCUCUGGAACGUGCGGAAGGUGGCGGUCGAGGAGAAGAUCACGCCGUGGGAUGCGCUAAAGGCGGAGCUUAAGUUUGCGCUCAACAUCUCCGUCACCUCCAAGCCGGUCCACAAUACGCUCAGCGAGUCCACGGCGAGCGGCAAGAGCUCGCUCGGCUCCAAGUCCGAGUCGCGGCGCGAAUCGGUGGGACGCAUCGGUAAAGUGCGCACCGGUGCCAGCCUGAUGGCCCUCGACAAGCUGGGCAUCGGAUUUGGCAAAAAUUGA